CUGCUCACCGCAGUCCUGCUUGCCGGUUUGCCUCUCAUUUCAUUGGAUGGACUCCCCGGAGGUGAAGAAGUCUACCCCACCGACUUUAACGACCCGUACGUCAUAUUCGCCGUGGCCGCCACUAACGCUUACUUCGCCUCGCUCGGAGACAACGACGUCAGAAUUGGCGACACCAUUGUGAAAGUCACCUCGCAGGUAGCAAGCUUUUCCUUAAAUAUUUUUAUGGUUUCUGUGUGUACACUGAGGUAA